GGUUUUUUUUUUCCGAAAACGAAAGUCCGUCUGGAUAACAUCGAUGCUCCUCCCUAUCUUCACUUCCGAGAUUCUGAUGAGAAAGUAGAUACAGCAGUUCACGGUGUAUUGUAAAAUAGGAAGGGGUCACAGCAUAUUCAAAUCAACAUCUUUCUAAUCCAGGUUUCGAUUCAAAUUCGCAUCUUUCACAUAUUUUGUGAUUUGUAAACCUUUCCAUUGGCAAUUAGGGUUUGUUCACAGCCGCCCAGAUGCCUUAAACCUCUCCAUUGUCAAAUCCCUAAUCUUUAGAAGCUGGGUUUCGUUCAAAACCCUCGAUACACAAGUUCGCAAUGAGCUUUAGAGGCUUCUCUGUUGGCUGCUUUCAUAAAACCCUAGAAAACUCCUAUUUUCUGAAACCCACAAGUUCGCCAUUCGACUUUCACCAUGUAGCCCUAGCAAAACCUGGACACUUUUCGAGUGGGUUUCGCCUAAAAAAUGGUUUUUGGAAUCACUCUUUGAGUAGAGGUCGUAGUUUUUCGAGCUCAUAUACACAGAAAGUUUCUGAAGAUGGUGAUACUGCAGUCAAGAUGGGGAAAACCUUGCCUUGGUUAGCAUCACAGAGGACCAAGGACACUAAAAGGGUAGAGAAAGUAACAAAUUUGAAAGCUAGCCGGUCUUCUUGGGAGGAAUCAGCAGAGAAGUUUUUAAAAAGUGGUACAUCUAAUGUGGAAAAUGGGGGUAGUACUUUAGUUGAUAGACGGGGCUACAAGGACGGGGCCCAGCAAGUUGUGGAAGAAGAAGAGGGAGAAAAUGAGGUUCUCGAUGAUCCGAGAUGGGACAAGAUUAAGAAUAGAUAUAACAGGUUUGUUGAUGCGAAACCCAGAUUUGAAAGACCGGAGUUUCGCCAGACGGGGGAUAGGCAGGAAACUUGGGGUAGAAAGACGUGGAAAGAGGCUACUGAAUCGACAGUGCCCAGGAUGGUUGGUGAGGGGAUUUACGGUGUGGGACCCGUUUUGGCUGCAUUGUCGGCUGGUAGAAGAGAGUUCUAUGCUCUGUAUGUACAGGAGGGGCUUGAUUUGAGUGGCAAUAACAGGAAGAAGAAGGACAAGAAAGGGUUUGAGCGUGUUUUGAGGAUAGCUGAAAAGAUUGCCUUAAGCAAAAAAGAAGUUUCAAAGCAUGACCUGAAUAUGGUAGUUGAUAGUCGCCCACAUCAGGGCCUAGUCCUAGAUGCUUCUCCACUGGACAUGGUAGGGAUCAAGGAAUUGGACCCGGUUCCAAUGGGGCAAGAGAAGGCUCCUCUUUGGGUUGCCUUGGAUGAGGUAACGGAUCCCCAAAAUUUAGGAGCAAUUAUUAGAUCAUCCUACUUUUUUGGAGUUUCAGGGGUGGUGUUGUGUGCGAAGAAUUCUGCACCACUAAGUGGUGUUGUAAGCAAAGCGAGUGCAGGCUCAUUGGAAUUAAUGGAGCUUAGGUCUUGCAAGAAUAUGAUGCAGUUCCUAGUAUCAUCAGCUGAAAAUGGUUGGCGGGUUAUUGGAGGUUCAGUUUCUUCAAGAGCCAUUCCUCUGAAUGAGGUUGAGCCCAAUGCACCCACAAUUCUUGUAUUAGGGAGUGAGGGCACUGGGUUGAGGCCAUUGGUAGAGAGAUCAUGUACUCAGUUGGUUAGGAUACCUGGAAAUUUUCCAUUGGAUAUAAGUGCAGGACAUGAAGAUGGGGAAAGUGCAGGUACUACUCGUGGGUACUCAAGUGAAGAGUUCCAGUCCUUUCUGGCGGUGGAGAGCUUGAAUGUCAGUGUUGCAGCAGGUGUGCUUCUUCAUCAUUUGAUUGGUAGCAAUUCUAAAGAUGACCAAAUAGGAAAUGGGAAAGCUGAUUUACUGGAAUGAGAAUUGAGAGUUCAUGGCACUUGCCUUUAGAUUUCUUAUUCUGCAAUUUGUUUUUCAUGGUUUAUGGUCGUCCAUGAAUUUUUCUCCGAUAUAUGGUAAUGGACUUUUACAUGUGAAUCUUCUGGAUUUGUUAAGGAUAAUGGACGUAGGCUUAGCCAUUGCAUUCAGUCAUUAA